AUGGAUGACAUCCAUGAUUUUGAUACAAUAGAUGUGGAGCUGGAUGCGUACUUCAAAAAGAAACAAGCUUCCCGAUGCAAAGACGAAUUUCUCAAUAUUCUAUGUGAAGAAGACGAUUACGAGGCAGUAGAUGAUGCUCAAACUGAAAAUGAUGCUCAAACUGGAAACGAUACUCAAACUGGAAUCACUAAAGAAGAAUCAGAUGAAGAUUAUCUGGAAGGUAGUAACGAGGAAGGUAGUGAUGAGGAAUUUGAGUAUUCCACCCACAAUCCAAAGGUGAAAUGGAACAAAAUGAGACCAAUGCUUGGUGAAAGGUAUGAAUCCCCACAUGAACUGAAACUGUGUUUGACGAACUAUGCUGUUAGUAAGGGUUUUCAAAUCCGUUUCAAAAAAUGCGAUAGUGUUAGACUAGUGGCAAUAUGUGGAAGUGAUCCAGAGAAGUGUCCAUUUGUGGUUAGGGCUUCUUGGAUGACUACUGAAAGGUCUUUCCAAGUCAAAAAGAUGAUAGACAUUCAUAAAUGUGUUAGGAAUUUUAACAAUUCAAGGCUUAUGGAUCCUACCUGGUUAGCUAGGAAAUUUGUGAAGGAGUUGAUUAGGAAACCUAAUUUAAAAUGCAAAGAGAUGCAGGUAAUUAUACAAAGUAAAUUUCAUUGCAAAAUUUCAUGGUCAAAGUGUUAUAGAUCAAGGAUGAGGGCUCUGUCAUUAAUUCAUGGAAAUUUGAAUGACCACUACGCAAGAGUUUGGGAUUAUGGGCAUGAGCUACUGAGGUCCAAUCCAGACAGCACAGUUAGGAUUACAGUUAAUGUAAACCCUGAUAAUACCACAACAUUUCAUAGAUUCUACAUUUGCUUUAAAGCAAUAAGAGAGGGGUGGAAAAGGGCAUGUCGUAGGGUAAUAGGAUUGGAUGGUUCUUUUUUGAAGGGACAGUGUAAGGGUGAAUUGUUAACUGCAAUAGGUAGGGAUGCCAAUAAUCAGGUGUAUCCUAUAGCUUGGGCAGUUGUUGAUGUAGAGAACAAGAACAACUGGAAAUGGUUCCUGGAUUUGGUUAAUGAUGAUCUUGGAUUGCAGGGUGGAAAGGGUGUGUGUGUAAUCAGUGACCAACACAAGGGUCUUGUUGAAGCUAGUAAGGAUAUUCUACCAUAUGUUGAGCACAGGCAAUGAACUAAAACAGGAUCUAGAGGUGGUGGAAGGGCUGGUGGAAGGGCUGGUGGAAGGGUUGGUGGAGGAAGGAGUAGAGGUGGUGGUAGGGGCUCUAGUGGAAGAGGCAAUAGAGGUGGUGCCAUUCCAAAUGUUGAGAGUGAAAAUGAUGCAAGUCCAGAUUUACAAGAAAUUAGCUUAACAAUUGACAACCUAAGGAAAUCUUUAUACACUACAGAAGAGAUCAUGGACUGUCUUGGACUCACUGAAGCAGAAGUACAACAAAUUGAAGAUGUGGAUGUUGCUAUGUCACAAGAUGUUGGAAUUGCUAGCCAAAUAACAGUUGAAGAACUCCCUACAAAUCAUGUACUUGGAGAUGAGGAAAGGAUGAAUGGGGAGGAUGGCAUAGAUGAGCCAGGGAUGGGUGAGGUAAUGACGAAUGAGGAAAGGAUGGAUGGAGAGAGAGAAAUACCUAGCACACAACAAUUGAAUCAAGUCAGAAAGAGGACUACAAAGAGGAGCAAAGUGAAUCAAGUCAGGAGGAGGAAGCCUUCGGAAAGGAUAACAAAGAUCCAGUUGCAAAAGGUGGUAGCUGUCAAGAAUGGAAAGGGGAUGAGUUCAUCCAACCCCCUUGGUCUAGAUUAG